AUGGCUGAUACCGCCCAGCGACAUCCGAACCUGAAUCUCACCCCCGAGGAGAAGCGCGUCUUCUACCAGCUGUUCCAAGCUGCAGACACCACCAACCUUGGAGUGAUCACCGGCGAAAUUGCCGUUCCAUUCUUUGAGAAGACACAAUUGCCAUCUGGAACCCUAGGUGAGAUAUGGCAGCUCGCAGAUAAAGAGAACAGGGGUCUCUUGACCCCGUCUGGAUUCGGCAUCGUGCUACGAUUGAUUGGGCAUGCACAAGCCGGGCGUACGCCAUCAGACGAGUUGGCUUUACAGCCUGGCCCGCUCCCUCGAUUCGAUGGUGUUCAUGUCGAUGUGAAUGCCCCCGUGCCCGAGCCUGCACAAAGCCCUCCUCCAAGUGCGGGCGGGCCUCCUAUCCGAGUUCCUCCGCUUCAGCCUGACGAUGCGAACAAGUUCCUUUCCCUCUUCGAGAAGUCGGGUGUUGUGAAUGGACUGCUGCCCGGCGAGAUUGCUAAGCAGAUCUUUGAACGCGCCAGACUGCCAAAUGAGACCCUGGGCCGCAUAUGGGGUCUUUCGGAUACCCAGCAGCGCGGAACUCUGGAUGCGACCGAAUUCAUCAUUGCGAUGCACCUUCUGACCUCAUUCAAAUCUGGUGUUCUCCGUGGUAUUCCUCAGACCUUGCCCCCUGGCCUUUACGAUGCUGCCGCCCGUCGAGGCUCUCAACGCGGUUCAUUCGGAGCGCGUCCUGAGGUACCUCCAGUGCCCGCAGUACCUCGACAAUUCACAGGACCCCAAAGAACUACGAGCCCUAUGAGCCCUGCCACCCGGGCUCAAUUUGGAACCCCAUUGUCCGCGCAGUCUACUGGCGAUUGGCUUAUUACAGCCCAGGAGAAAGCACACUUUGAUCAAAUUUUCGAGACCGUUGAUACGGCCAGGGCAGGUGUCAUCACUGGUGAUCAAGCUGUUGCAUUUUUUAUGAAGGCUCGACUUUCUGAGGAGGUUUUGGCACAGAUUUGGGACCUUGCUGAUAUUGAUGCUGAUGGUCAGCUGAACCGAGAUGAGUUCGCCGUGGCCAUGUACCUUGUGAAGUUGCAGCGGGGUGGAAAGGAGCGUAUACCCCAGGUCCUCCCUCCUGCUUUGAUCCCGCCCAGCAUGCGUCGACAAGCUCCUGUUCCCGGACUUGGUGCUACUCCUGCUCCGGUCCCAGUGGCAGCACCUCCUCCGCCAGCCCCGGUUCCACGAUCUGCUGCGGAUGACCUUUUUGGUCUUGAUUCGCCCCCGACGACACAGACACAGGUGCCCCAAUCUACAGGUGGCUCCAAUAUCGCAUUCCAGACUCCUAGCUCGCCAUCCCAAGCCUCCCCGCAGACUGCGUCGACCACAUUCAAGCCUUUUAUUCCUACAUCAACAUUCGGCCAGAGCCUGCAGCCCCAGCAGACUGGAACAUCCACCGGAACACCGGGGCAAGUUCGCUCCCCGCCGCCUCCAUCUGAUGAUCUGCUGGGAGACAAUGACCCUGAAGAAUCAAAUAAGCUCACUCAGGAGACUACUGAACUCGCCAACUUGUCUAACCAGAUUGGCUCACUGGCUAAGGAGAUGCACAAUGUCCAGGAGAAGCGUACUUCGGCAGAGCAGAACCUCACUCAGACCUCCCAGCAAAAACGGGACUUUGAGACCCGACUGGCCCAAGCUCGUGCGAUGUAUGAGCAGGAAGUGACUAACUUCAAGGCGCUGGAGGAGCGGCUCCGUGUUUCUAAGGCGGAGACGACAAAGUUGCAACAGGAUUAUGCCUUGAUUGAGGGUGGUCGCCAGGAUCUGCACAACCAAUAUACACAGGUCUCGACUGCCCUGGCAGGAGACCAGCAGGAAAACGCCAGCUUGAAAGAAAAGAUCCGCCAGGCCAAUGCCGAAGUUGCUCAGCUUAGGCCUGCAUUGGAAAAGGCACGCUCCGAUGCUAGACAGCAGAAGGGCCUUGUUGCCAUCAACAAGAAGCAAUUGGCUACCGUUGAGGGCGAACAUGAAAAGAUGCAGAGUGAAAUUGACACCCUGUCCAAAGAAAGCCCUCAAUACACCGAGGAACCGACACCUGUGAGCAACACCGAGGUAACUAGCCCUGCUGCCUCUACUGCUAGUCAGAACACCAAUCCUUUUUAUCGUCGCACCACGACCGGAAGCGAGAGCGAGCGCGGUACUUCUCCGGAUAAUUCGAAUGACCACCACAAGAUGUUUGACAGCCUCUUUGGCCAGACUUCUACCGCUCCUUCGGCUGUUGGUCCUCCGCCUACUUCAUUCCGCUCUGAGUCGCCUUUGGCUACAGCCAAGUCUCCUGUUGUAUCUAAUGUUCCAACUCCGUCCGUGUCUCCUGGCCCAGGCAGUCUUCCUGGUGCCUUUCCAGGAAACGAGCCCCCACCACCCACUCAGUCCCGACAGAUGACCCCGAACUUCCUGCCCUUUAACGAAAACCAAUCUGUGACUUCGUCCACUAUGGUUUCUCCACCUGGUAGCCGAUUUGGCGGACCCGAUGAAUCCGGUCUUGCCACCCCUUCGCAACUUACCGUCAGCGACAUGGGGGCGCCAUCUGUCGCAGAGUCCAGUGAUUAUAGCCGUGCCGCAGGAUCGACCGCCGCAGGAACACCGGCCCAAUCUCCAUUCGAUGAAAUUCCUGAGCCAUCGAUGGCAGCUGCAGUAACAAGUGCUCCUGCCACCGAACAGCACGCCUCUGCAAUUUCUCCCAAUGUUACUGGGAGAGAAGAGACUUCGAAAGACCUGUCAUUCGACGAGCUUUUUGGUAGCAAGGCCCAUAAGCGUUCCGAAUCGCAGAAGGGAAGCGACUUUGACGAAGCUUUUGCUUCCAUGAAGACCCCAGGCGAUGAAAAUGCAAAUGGAGCUGCGACCGCCCAUUCCGAAUUCCCUCCUAUUGAGGAGCUUCACCAUGAUGAGGAGGAAGAUGAAAGCUCAGAUGAUGAUGGCCCUUUAGGGUUCGAUGAUAAUUUCACUCCAGUUUCACCGAAAGGUACUAAGGAGGGAAAGCCGGCUGAUUCUAUCGAUGCGGCUCAGCUCGCGGCUUUCCCUGUCCCAGGAUCAGCACAGUCUGCCGCCGAACCCCCUGCACCUGAUGCGCAGCAAAGUCCCCCAACUUAUGAGACUAGCACUGCCAACGAGGAAGUGGUCUUCUUCCUGAGCGUGCUGACCCCACUUUGCCCCCCCGACGCGCCUCACUCCGUCGAAUCAGGAACAGGAGUCCCGGUUAUUGGCAAUGAGCCGCAGCAUGAUUCACGGGAUGCUGCUGCUGUUGCUCCUACAACUGGAGGUGCAAAGACCGGCGGUCCCGACUUCGAGGCCGCCUUUGCAGGCCUAGACCUUGCCCCUGCAAAGGAGGCAGAGGACGACGAGGAUGACGAGCCUUCUGGCCACGAUACUAAGAAUGCCUCGGACUUUGACUUUUCCUUCGAUUCGCCUGCACAACAGCAUGGCGCUUCUUCAAGUACCGAUGCUGGCCAGGGGGGCUCAUCUGAAUUCUUCUCAUUUGACAACAACGCCCAAGCUUCUGCCGCUCAAGCUGCCGGCUCCCCAAAUGGAGGUGAUGGCAAAGCGGGUAAUCAUGACUGGGAUGCUCUCUUUGCGCCCCUUGAAAAUGCUAAGCCUGCCACCGAGGAGGUUGCCAAUGGGUCGGAUCCCAAGAACCCUGGAUGGGCCCUGAACAAUGACUCUGGAGAGGACGACCAAAUCCUGCAGCGCUUGACGGGCAUGGGAUUUCCACGAGAGGCGUCCCUAGGAGCCCUGGAGAAGUUCGAUUAUAACCUUGAUAAGGCGGCAGACUAUCUGACUUCGAAGACCUAA